GGCCGACUGGGUGUGAAACUCUCCUUGGAACUACAACUCCCACAUUGCACUGCGCCCCCGCCCCCGAGCUCUAGGUGCCCAGACUGGGGCUUCCGAGUAGAGCGUUUGUGGGGCUGUCUUGGGUAGGCAAGGGUCGUUUUCAUGAUUGAGCUUGGGGGACAGGAUAGUACCUCUCUCCUCUCCGCUUCAGAAGACUUAAAGAAUCGUGUUCUGUGUCUGGAGCCCACAGCAGCCUGGGCGGACCAGGCCAAAGUAGAAGAGAGGAUCCAGGAGGUCUUCAGUUCUUACAAGUUUAACCACCUAGUACCAAGGCUCAUUUUGCAGAGGGAGAAGCACUUCCAUUAUCUGAAAAGAGGCCUUCGACAACUGACAGAUGCCUAUGAGUGUCUGGAUGCCAGCCGCCCCUGGCUCUGCUACUGGAUCCUGCACAGCUUGGAACUCCUAGAUGAACCCAUCCCCCAAUUAGUGGCUGCAGACGUGUGCCAGUUCCUGGAGCUGUGUCAAAGUCCAGACGGUGGCUUUGGAGGGGGCCCUGGGCAGUACCCACACCUCGCACCCACAUAUGCAGCUGUCAAUGCGCUGUGCAUCAUUGGCACGGAGGAAGCCUACAACGUCAUUAACAGACAGAAGCUUCUUCAGUACUUAUACUCCUUGAAGCAACCCGACGGCUCUUUUCUCAUGCAUGUUGGAGGCGAGGUGGAUGUGAGAAGCGCGUACUGUGCCGCCUCGGUGGCCUCUCUAACCAACAUCAUCACUCCAGACCUCUUUGAAGGCACUGCUGAAUGGAUAGCAAGGUGCCAGAACUGGGAAGGCGGCAUUGGCGGGGUGCCAGGAAUGGAAGCCCAUGGCGGCUACACCUUCUGUGGCCUGGCUGCGCUGGUAAUCCUCAAGAAGGAACGCUCUUUGAACCUGAAGAGCUUGUUACAAUGGGUGACAAGCCGGCAGAUGCGAUUUGAAGGAGGAUUUCAGGGCCGCUGCAACAAGCUGGUGGACGGCUGCUACUCCUUCUGGCAGGCGGGACUCCUGCCCCUGCUGCAUCGUGCCCUGCACGCGCAAGGCGACCCGGCCCUCAGCAUGAGCCACUGGAUGUUCCAUCAGCAGGCCCUGCAGGAGUACAUCCUGAUGUGCUGCCAGUGCCCCGCUGGGGGUCUCCUGGACAAACCUGGCAAGUCACGUGACUUCUACCACACUUGCUACUGCCUGAGCGGCUUAUCCAUCGCCCAGCAUUUCGGAAGUGGGGCCAUGCUGCAUGAUGUGGUCAUGGGUGUGCCUGAGAAUGCUCUGCAGCCCACUCACCCCGUCUACAACAUUGGACCAGACAAGGUGAUCCAGGCCACCACACACUUUCUGCAAAAGCCAGUCCCAGGCUUUGAGGAAUGUGAAGAUGAGGUGACCUCAGAUCCGGGCACCGACUAGAGGACCCCAUGGCACCCCCAGCUCCCCCGGCAGACAAGGUUUCUCCGUUUGGGUACAAAGCACUCUGCUGAUGGGAGCCUUGGCCACUGUAGAACCGUGGUUUCUUUGUCCUUUCCUGUCAAACAAAACAAAGCCAUCAGCUGUGGGUUUGGUAAUAUUACAGUGGUGUGAUUUUUUAAAAUUAUUUUCAUACCUGUCAAACCAAAACUCUGUGAGCCUGUGCAGUGGGGUUGGAGGAGAGCAGUGCAUGCUGGGAAGAAGUGGCCUUAGCCAGCAGCCCCGCCCCACCAUGCUGAAAUGGAGAGGGUACCAUUUCAGGUGACCUGCACAGCACCAUUCAGUCACCAGAUGGGCAUCCUCUGGGGUAGAAAUGUCUGCUCCGUGCCGUGCCAGGGUGGGGCUGGGGGUCCCGCCUACGUGAGCUCCCUGGAAAAGACCACUGGGCUACAGCAGCACACUUGUCUCCUUCACCCAGCCACUUGCGAAGGACAGCGGCUGGGAAUGGAGAAGGCUCUUAGGUCGCGUCCCUCCCCCCAACCUGGGAGAACUGAGCCACACAUCUCCAAGGCCGUGUUUGGUGUAAGCAAGACUUGUUUUGUCCAAUUAUGAUUGGAAAAUCAGCCUCUAGGUCAACUCUGUGCCAGAGGAAGCAGCUUCCCCCAGAGCCCAGGCCCUGCCUCUCCACAUCAUGUACCAGGAGAGGCUGUCCUCCUCCGGGCACUGCUGCAGCCCAGGUUCCUUCUGUCCCUUCCUUCUUCUCCUCACCCCAACCCCCAGACAGUGUUGUCUCUUCUCAUCCAGAGUAUUAACACUACUAAGGCGUUCAUCUUACCUGAUGACUCGGGAUCUGUCCCUGCCCCCCACUCCAGACUCACUGAAACAGAAUCAAGUUAGGUAAGCUGGCUGCUGUGGAGACUGGCCUGGGGGGUAGGGCGAGCACCUGCUGUGUGCCCAGUCUUGGAGCUGCCUCUGCGCCACCCCCUACAGUCGGAAGGGUGCUGAGUCUGGUCAUCGUCCACCGCUACAGUUACAGCUCGUGUCACUGUCCCAGCCUUCGUGUGAGCAGGCAGACAGGAGCUUGGAGACGCAGCAUGAGGCUCUUCCCAAACCACUGGCCAUCUGCUGCCUCUAAUUCCCUAUUGCUUUGGUGUACUGGGCUAUGUAUUACCUCCUUGAAAUAAUAAAAGAGUAACAUUU